AUGGCCGACGUUGACAGCGGGAGCGGGAAAGCUGAUCGGCGGAGGCGCGACCGUGAUUCUGACUCUGAUGAGGGAGCGCGCAAAGAAAGGCGCAGGGAGGGAAGGAGAGACGACAGGCCUUCCAAGCACAGCUCCCGCCGCCGCGAUGACUACGAUAGCGAUGGACAGGACUCCGGAAGACGUCGUGAACGGCGUGACCGCCACAGGAGCUCUCCAUGGCACGAACGGAAGCAUAGUCAACGGUCAAGAUCACGGGAGCGCUCGCAUCACGAACGCCGGUCGCGGUCGCCACCCCCGAAACGACGAAGGCGGUCUGUCACUCCAUCACAAUCCCCAGAGCCUCACAAAAGAAGCAAAGCACCUCUACCAUCCCAGGACGAAUCUUUCCGCGGGGAAGUUGCGCCCACAGAUGGCAGCGCACCGCCUCCACAGAAGCAGAAACCAAACUACAAGCCCACCGGCCUUCUAGCAAAGGAAGCGAACACCGUCGCCGGCACCACCACCGUCUUGAAGUACCACGAGCCACCAGAAGCCCGCAAGCCGCCUGCCAAACAGCAAUGGCGGAUGUACGUCUUCAAAGAAAAGGAUCUGCUGGACACCAUCUACCUCUCCACCCGCAGCGCCUGGUUGAUGGGCCGGGAUGAGAAGGUCACGGAUUACUUGCUCGAGCACCCGAGUACGUCGAAGCAGCAUGCUGUUAUUCAGUUCCGCCAUCGCACGAGCACGGAUGAGUUUGGCGAUAAGACGAGCAAGGUGAAGCCGUAUUUGAUUGAUUUGGAGAGCGCGAAUGGGACGAAGUUGAAUGGGGAGAAGGUCAAGGCGAGCAGGUACGUUGAGUUGGUGGAUGGGGAUGUGGUGGGGUUUGGGGAUAGUGAGAGGGAAUAUGUUAUGAUGCUGCCGCCGGCGGGGACAUGA